AUGAAAAUCCAAGGAACCAUCAUAGGAUGGGCAUUCGCCACCUUCUACCUGGCUUCUUAUACCGAUGCUUUUUCUCAUGGCGCAAGCCUUGUGGCUUGUGUUGAUAUGAAACCCAGACACAUCUGGGCUCAGCUUCAGAAUCCCAGGAACAAUUACAUUACGAUAUAUACCAAUGUCUCCUCUUACUCUCCUGGGGACAAAAUACCAGUGACUGUGAGGAGCCGGGGUGAUUUCAUGGGAUUCUUGCUUCAGGCUCGAAGAGUUUCCAAUGACCAAAUUGCGGGCACCUUCAUUUUCAUCCCUUCUGGUUCCAAAUUGAUGACUUGUUUUGAAGAGGCCAAUUCAGUCACCCACUCAGACAAAUCCCUGAAGAGAAAUCUAUCUUUUGUGUGGAAGGCACCUCCUCAACCCAUCGGGGACAUCAAAUUCUUUUUAUCAGUAGUGCAGUCAUAUUUCAUUUACUGGGAGAGGAUUGAAUCGACCAUCGUGUCUCAGCAGAUACAAAACAGGACCCUUUCUGAUGGCAAUGUGGAGCCAGCUACAAGUCUGCAGAAACCAAAUGACCUAGAAGUCACAACCACAGAAUCCAGGUCCCAUGGCGCUUUCUCACAGCAAACACAACAGGGAGAGUUUGCUAUUGUCAGCCCAACUGGAACAUCAGGAAUGGACAGCUUGGACCCUGUUCUGGGUGGCCCCACUACAGAAGUUUCUGGAGAUGAAGUGAAUCUUUUGAAACCUUCUCCUCUCCAUGACAUUUCAACAGUGGCCAGUAGUGGUGACCAAAGAGGGCAGCCAGACUGGGACAGUGGAGGCACGGGCAGUGAUCAAACCUUAGAGCCAUCACUUGAUGUCCGAGGACUGGAGAGAGCUUUGACCUUGGGAAGCUUGAAAUUCGAGGAUUACACCACAGGUCACAACACACAUAAUAGAACAUAUGGCGGCUCAGAUUCAGGCACUGCAGAACCCUGCUUGCACUGUGAUGAAGAUGAGCAGGGGAGGCCUGAGGCGUACAAUCUGACUCCUUCCUCCGUGGGAGCUCCUUCCUCCGUUCAUCUCUCCUAUCUCCCCGCCAUCGUGGUCACUAGAACAGAGACUCUGGAUAAUGGCAGACUGGCCGACUCCGGCAUUGGCUUCAAAGCUUCCGCUGCCUUGGCGCGGUUGGCUCUAAGGCUAUCUGUGCUCCCCAAAUCUUCUGCCAGCUUUUUGCCCCAGUCUGAGAACGUGAAUCCUGGAGAAGAAGGUGUUGGAGAGGAGACCACCGGACUCCCUCCUAUCACCCUCCCAGAGCUCGAGGCCGCAGGUCCUGGGCUGAAGGAAGACGGCUCUCCUCCGAGGACUGGCAUAGUGACCGCCCAGCUGGGCGUCCUCCUUGGCCUUUCGGCCACUCUGGGGAUGGCUCUGGCUGCUGGCCUGCGUUGCCUCCAUGCCCAGUACUGCCGCCAGCGGACCGAAGUGUCUUUUGGUGAGCGUGAGCCCGACAGCGACGCCAUUUCAGCGAGAGACAGCGGAGAAAGAAUGCACUUCAGAAAGAUCUGGGAGAACAGCGUCAUGUUGGUUCAAGCCCAAUACAACUGGAUCGGCCCCAACGGUGGAACGAGGAGAACUGUAGUCUGA